GAUGUGUCAUAUCAAAGUGACUUGUUGGGGCUAUCAGCUGGUAAAGCAGGGAGCCCAAAGUUAUCUCUUGUCUGGGUUCGCUCCGAAUUUAACUACACCAUGGGCUUUCCGCAUUCGAUUUAAACCAGAGGGACCAUGGAACAGCCUGGUCCUGCCUCAGAUACACAUGUGAUGGAAGGAUCGGAGGUUGAAUCUGUGUUGGAGCGAUUGCAACUGGUGAAUCAACCUCACAACCGCACUUCUAACAUAGAAGAGGAGGAACAAACCUCUCACGACAUUGCAGAUGAGGCAGAAAAGGGCAGUCAGGCAAAGGAUGAAUCAGAGCUUGACAGUAAAUUAAUCAAGACUACGACAGAUGUCCAGACAGAGAUAAAGACAAAGUCGGAAGCUCAAACAUGCAGUCAGGAACAUGUAGAGGGGAGAGAGCUGGAUGCUGAUGACGGCUGUUAUAGCAGUACAGUUUCAAAGGAAGGCGGGAUCCCUUCACUUUCAAAUGAGGCUGGCCCAAUCACCCCUUUGGAUGAUGUGGUAGAAAGCUCUCCUUCUGUUCUUGAAGGGACAAUAGAAACCUUAUUGACUUUUGAUAAAGGGAAGGAUUCUCACGCCACCACUCUAAACAGCAAUGAGCUGCCAUCAGUCUUGGUUACAAAUUGUCCCACAGAGCCAUCGCCUGCUGAUGAUAGUGGUUCAGCUGAGAGUCCAUCAUCCACUUCCAUCCAAAGCACUUCCAAAAACUCCCCCACCGACUCGACAACCUCCUCUGGAUUCUGUAAUGGACCUUCUACCCCCAGUUCAGAGACUGUUGGCUCCUCCCUUGCUUCCAGCCCACAAACCAGUGCUAACACGUCAGCCCCCUCACAUGACUUGUCAAGUCCGUAUGACACUGAUUGCAGCCGAAAGCUCAUCUCCCAGAUCCAGCGCUCCCUGUCACAGGAGUCACUGCUGGAUGAGCUAGAGUCAGAGCUGUUGGCUUUUCAGCUGCCUGAGGGGGGACGUGGAGGUGAGAGGAAAGGGAGCCCCCCUGUCAAUGGUCUCCCUACAGACCAAGAGGGCUGCAUGGUGGUCUUGGAGAAGUGUGUGCAAUUCAAGUAUGCACAGCAGGAGAAAUCUAUUCAGAGGCUGCUUGAGGAGAACAAGAGGCAUCAGGAGCUGAUCCUGGGUAUCUGUUCAGAGAAGGACAACAUGAGAGAAGAGCUGAAAAAGAGGGCAGAAACAGAAAAGCAGCACAUGGCCACUAUUAAAAAGUUGGAGGGCAGGGUGGAGGAGCUGCUGAAAGAACUUAAGGAGUCGCGGGAUAAACUAAUUCACCAGGACCAGGCAGCUAAGGCUGCCCUCCAGCACAUGCAUAAGGAUAUGUCCUACAGGCUUGAACAGGUGAACAAGAAGUGUGAUGAGGCACGCCAAGAGAAGGAGUCCAUGGUGAUGAAAUAUGUGCGGGGGGAGAAAGAGGCCCUGGACCUGAGGCGGGAUAAGGAGAGUUUGGAGAAGAGUCUGAGGGAAGCCACCAAGGAGGUAGACCGCCAGGCCCUCCGAGGAAACCAGCUGGCUCAGGAGAAAGGUCGGCUGCAACAGCUGUAUGAUGCUAAGGAAGGCGAGGUUAGCAGGUUGACUCGAGAGGUGGAAAAGUUGAAGGAGGAGAUCAACUCUCAUCUUAUCAAGGUCAAAUGGGCCCAGAACAAGCUAAAGAGUGAGGCAGAUGCACACAAGGAAACUAAAGACAAACUGAGAGAGACCACUUCCAAACUGGCCCAGGCCAAAGAAGAGACCGAACAGAUCCGCAAGAACUGCCAGGACAUGAUCCGAACAUACCAGGAAUCGGAGGAACUCAAGUCGAACGAGCUGGAUGCUAAACUAAGGAAGACCAAAGUAGAGCUGGAGAAACACAAGCAGGAACAAAUGGACCAAUUAGAGGUGCACCAAGUGAAGGCCAAAGAGCUGGAUGACCUGAAAAGGAGUUACAAAGAGGGCAUGGAUGAGCUCAUUACUCUACGAACCAAGUUAAAGUGUCUAGAGGACGAGCGUCCACGCUGGGAGGACGAGCUGAGCAAGUACAGGGAGAUUAUCAACCGGCAGAAAGCGGAGAUCGGACGCCAGAGAGAAAAGCUGGAAGAGAUCACUGCGCUCCAGGACCAGCAUCAACGUGAUAAACAGGAGAUCACGGCUCUUCGUGAGGAAAUGGACAGCCUGACCAACCAGAUGGCAGACCUUCAGCGUGAUGUACAAGGCAGCAGGGAGCGGGAGGCCGAGUUACUGGGCUUCACCGAGAAGCUGAGCAGCAAGAACGCCCAGCUCCAGUCAGAGAGCAACUCACUGCAGUCUCAGCUGGACCAGCUCAACAGCAGCUUCACAGAGCUCCAAGCAAAGCUGGAGGAGACCAACAGGCUGCUAGAUGACAAGUCACGGCAGCUAAAACAGGAAGAGGUGCUGAGGCAGCAGGAGGUGCAGGGCCUGCAGGAGGAGCGGGCAGCACUGCAGACAGAGAUGGCUCAACUAAAAACCCGAGUUGAAGAGCUGAGGGAUGAGCUGGUUACUCAGAAAAGGAAACAAGCUGCCAACAUCAAGGACCUGACGAAGCAACUAACACAAGCCCGUAAGAGACUGGACCACGUUGAGAAUGGAGGCUGCGAACGGGAUGCCAGCAGUAUGGGCAGUCGCUCAAGUUCCUCAGGUACUGCUCCUGGAUUUGGCUCCUUGAAUGCACGCCAUGGUGGGAGCAGUGGUGUUGAAGAGCGGUCACCAGAGAGCCAGUCGGGUCCUUCAGUGGUGGCCGUGGACAGCUUCCCAGAGGUCGACAAGACCAUGCUUGUGGAGCGCAUUGUCCGUCUGCAGAAGGCCCUGGCUCGCAAGCAGGAAAAAAUUGAGUUCAUGGAGGAUCACAUUAAGCAACUGGUGGAGGAGAUCCGCAAAAAGACCAAAAUUAUCCAGAGCUACGUGCUAAGAGAGGAGUCAGGGGCCUUCUCAUCAGAGGCGUCGGACAUUAACAAGGCCAACCUUAGCCGGCGGGGAGGCAUCAUGGCUUCGCUUUACUCCUCCCACCCGGCGGACAGCGGGCUGACCCUGGACCUGUCGCUGGAGAUCAACAGGAAGCUGCAGGCUGUGUUGGAGGACACACUGCUGAAGAACAUUACUCUGAAGGAGAAUCUACAGACUCUGGGGGCCGAGAUCGAGAGGCUCAUAAAACCGCAGCGAGAUCCUGAGGACGGAGUAAGGAGGAAGUGACAAAACCAUGUCACAGGGCAGAGGAAAUAAAGGACCAAGAACUACUUAAGGAAUCUCCAACCAAAGGGUUUUAAAGGAACAGCAGAAUUGUAGAUGUACACACAGUCAUGAUCUCAACAUAUAAAGGAGCAAAUUGAAUGUUAUAAGUGCCAGUAGCACCUCAGGCUGCUUUUUGGAAGGACCUCUUGUACUGGAGAAUGUGUGAACUUACUUGAACUGUCAUUAUUCCAUCCACUAUGUACCACCUCCUCCAACACAACAAAUCUUCCUCUGGCUAACGUCCGUCUCCCCUGAGCUUUGCCCAGAUAAAUCUCCUCGGACCAGUUGCUUCAAGUUGGAAAGUCUGACUGCCUUGGAAACUAAUUGACUGAAAUGCCAUAAUUAUGAAUGUAUAGCAAAUUCUACCUAAGAAAUAGUCUUUUAAAAAAAAAAAAAAAAAAAAAAAAUGACAAACUGAUUUGCCAAUGAAUACAUCCUAUAAAAAAGACAUUUGUUUCCUCACAGCUCUUUUCACCUUACAGUAAGUAAACUGAAAUGAGAUGCUCAUUGCCCAGCAUGCUUGCUCUGCUGGUCUCCUGAUGUCUGUCUGCCAAUAAGCCAAAUGUAUUUUUGAAAAGCUGCUUCUUCAGCUUGACUACACACAGCAUUCCGAGAAGCAAAAGUGAAGAAAAAAAACCCAGAUCAGCCCUGGCUUGUUGGGGACCUUGUGUGCCACCUGCGCAUUUUUCAUUAAACUUUUGCUCUGCACAGCACUUAAACGUCCGAGCUGGUGAAGCAAGGUGCCUCGGAUCAGCAGACCCACCCAUCUGUGUGACACCGGUGCUAGACUGAACGAAGCAGACUGUCUUUGAUAUGUUUCAUGCAGCCAACAGCACAAUGCCAUCAGAUUGGAUGUAUCCUCAUGUCAAGCUGUGUAAAACUGAAGAAAAUAUAAAGUAUAAUAUGUUACGGUUGAAAUGUAGAGCUGGUCUUGAGUUUGCCCAUUUUUGAAUGUGAUUUUUUUUUUUUUUUUUUUUUUUU